AUGGAGAAUCCAGAUGCCCCAAACACAAGCAAGGCCUUUGUGCCCUUAGAAAACAACCCUGAAGUGAUGUCCCAUCUGGUGCAUCAGCUCGGCCUCCCAGAAACAUUUGGAUUCACCGACGUAUUCUCCAUUGACGAACCCGACCUCCUCGCCUUCGUGCCUCGCCCCGCAAACGCCCUGCUCCUUGUCUUCCCCGUCUCAGAGGCCUACGAAGCCUCACGAAUCGCCGAAGAUGGGCCCUUAUCCGAAUACAACGGCUCUGGGCCCCACGAGCCGGUGAUGUGGUUCAAACAAACCAUCCGCAAUGCAUGCGGGCUGAUCGGGUUGCUGCAUGCCGUUAGCAACGGCGAGGUCCGAUCAAACGUCAUCCCAGGCUCUGAUCUGGACAAUCUGCUCCGCGAGGCCGAGAAGCUGAAACCGGUGGAGCGUGCGGACUUGCUGUACGAGAGCAAAGCGCUGGAAUCGGCGCAUGCUGAUGCCGCGAAGCUGGGUGAUACGGCUGCACCGCAGGCUGAGGAUAAUGUCGACUUGCAUUUCGUGGCCUUUGUCAAGGGGAAGGAUGGGAGGUUAUGGGAGCUGGAUGGGAGACGGAAAGGACCCCUGGAGAGGACUCGGUUGGCGGAUGAUGAGGAUGUGCUUAGUGAGAAGGCGCUGGAGUUGGGUCCGAGACGAUUUCUUAAGAAGGAGGCUGAAGGUGGUAAGGGGGAUUUGAGGUUUAGUCUGGUCAGUCUGGGCCCGGUGUUUGAUUGA